AUGCUUCACUUCCCGAAGCAACUCCUCUCGCUCCGCCACCCAGCCUCACCAGUGAUACUUUCUCUCCGUCGGGCCCUCUUAUCCACCGCGGCGGCCACCGACGCCCCGCCGGGCGCCUUCGCCGCCGUCGACUACCUCGUCACCACCUGCGGCCUCACGCCGGAGCAAGCCCUGAAGGCCGCCAGGUACAUCUCUCACUGCAAGUCCACCUCCAACGCCGACUCCGUCCUCGCCUUCCUCUCCGGCCCCGCCCUCCGCCUCUCCAAGGCCGACAUCGCCCGCGUCGUCUCGCACGACCCGCGCAUCCUCAACUGCAGCGUCGAGAACACCCUCAAGGCCCGCAUCGCCAGCCUACGCAGCUAUGGCCUCGACGACGCGCAGGUCCGGACCUUCCUUCGCGUGACCCACUGCGUCUUCCGCACUUUCAGCAUCCAGGAGAAGCUCGGCUUCUGGAUCCCCUUCCUGGGGUCGCCGGAGAAGCUCCUCCGCGUCCUCAGGCACAACUACUACCUCCUCACCUCCGACCUCGACCGGGUGGUCAAGCCCAACAUCGCGACGCUACGGGAGAGCGGGAUGAGCCCUGCCGACAUCGCCAGGAUGUGCGUGCCCAACUCGAGGCUGCUCACCUGCAACCCGGACACCGUCAAGUCCAUCCUCGAGCGCGCCGACAAGCUCGGCGUGCCGCGCAACUCGCCCAUGUUCAGGCAGGCGGUGGCCACCACCACGGGCCUCGGCGCCGAGACCAUGGCGGCCAAGCUCAAGCUCUUCGGGGAGACGCUCGGGUGCUCCGCGGCCGAGGUGGCCAGCGCGGUCAGGAGGAACCCCGUGCUGCUCAAGGUCUCCGGUGAGAAGCUUCGCCGCGUGGUGGAGUUCCUCACCAAGGUGGUCCGCGUCGACACCACCUACAUCCUUGCCCGCCCCGCCAUCGUCAUGUACAGCCUCGAGACCAGACUGGCGCCGCGGUAUUCCGUGAUGAAGGCGCUCCAGGAGAAACAUCUCAUCCGGAAAGAUCACAGCUUCUACUCGAUGGUAACGUCUAGCGACGAGACGUUUCGGCGCAGGCAUACACAUCCCCAUAAGGAUCUUCUUCCGGGCCUUGAUGAUGCCUACAUGGCUGCUUGCAGAGGGAAAACUGCUCACUCAAGUCGGGCUAUGAAGGAUCCUAGGUACCCUUGGAUUUUCCCAGCCUUACCUGUAACUGUAUGUUGGAAUGGAACAGCAGAUCCACCAAUUCCGAUUUUGGCAACUAAUUACUUUACUGUGGGGUGUGCUCACACAUUUGAGAUGAUUGAUGCUCUGGGGAAAUCUGUCCUGGGGAGCGCUUCGCCCAUGGACAUCCCGCGGCAGUUUGUCAUACAUGUUCUGAAGGCGAAGGGGUUGGUAAAGAUAGACUGCGACUUGUACACCGUAUUUACCUUAGCUCACGAGAAAUUUGUGAAGAGGUCUCCUGGGCUUGCAGAUGAGCUUCUCCAGGUUCAAUUGUGACUUGUGAGAGGUUAAAGUAUUAACAUCUGACAUGUCGAAACGUCUGAAUGAUGCAUUUUUUGUGGUUUAUUUUUCUUUUCCUAGUUUAUGGACCUGCUUUGUUAGA